GGGACGAAACUUGGGCAUUGCAAAGCACAUCUACAACCCCAAUACAUUUGACACGCCAACCUAGCAACCUGAAUUGUCCAUUUCCUCCCACAAUUAGUAUUCUUCAAUCUUUUAGUCGGAGCAGAUGAGAAUAUGACGCAUCAGUGCAAAACGAUCACCCAAGCCGAGUGGAAGCUCCGCAAGCCCAACAUUCUGGAACUCUAUCAUGGCCGUGACCUGCCUCUACAAGGCAAGCAGGGCGCACCAAGUGUCAUGCAGACAAUGGAGGAUGCACAUGGGUUUUCUGCAAGGUCAGGUCAUCGCUUGGAUGGGCACUAUGCCCGUGCCGUCAUUGAAGUCCUUGCACCAAACGGUCAAUGGACACUGCUCGAUAAUGAAGGGGUCUCUGGAGGCCACGACGUUCCCUCUUUGCCCGAGACAGUGAACGAUGAAGGUCCCAGGAACACAGGGAACACAGGGAACUCACCAGUCCCGCUGGACCCAAGCAACGAUGUAGUUGUACAUCCUCUUAGCGAUCGUGGGGCUUUAGAAUCGGCUUACCAUACCAAUUCAUGGGUAGCUGACCCCCAGUUAGGAGUCGAGGUCGCUUCAGAGACAGGUGCGCCGUCCAUUUCCAUGGAAAUCGAGCCCAAUAUCAUUGCCGAUGGCUCCGCAGCUCCAAUGGAAGUAAUCAACUACUCGUCCGUGGAUCCCUUCUUCGGCAGCGGCGAAGUUCCGCAAGCCUUUAGUCCUCCUAUCUUGCCGAUACAUCACCACGUCGCUUUUCUGGAAAAAUGUGCCGGGCAUACGGAGUUUCCGUUAACUCUCGCGAACAGAAAUUCAGAUCUGACAGCAGCCCGCCCGACCAGGAAUAGCCCGCCUGGCUCGUCAUUCCGUGUCUCCAUGUCAUCGUUCGAGGGACUGCCAUCUGAAUUCAAUUUCUCACUUUCGCCCACCAUGCAAGACUUUUCGUUUUCCCCCGCGGAAUCCAUUCAGAUGCCGUCCUAUUCCAUGCGGGAUGAAGAGUCCCCAUUCUUCCAACUCCAGCGUUCCAUCAUAACUACACGAGGCAGAGUCACAGAGUCUGAGGACCAUGGAAACGGGGAAGUCGAACCAGGCUUAAACCAAGCCUUAAUAUCUGCCCGUUCAGUCCAAACGCCCCAUCUAAAUGGUGCCAAGUCACUGCUCGAGGGUGCUUUGCAAAUCGUCCGGUUUAGUUCGACGCAGAAAGGAACACAGCCACCUGACAUCGCAGACGUGUUGGAUUGCAUGAAUUCGCUGCUUCCAGACAUGCCGGAAGUUUUGUAUCAAGGCAGCUCCGCAAGCAGUUCAGAACUCGCCACCGCCGAUGCCCUUUUUGAUUCGCCAUUCUAUAAGGUCCUUUUGUACUCUACCAUCAAUGGCUUCACCGGCCUUGCCAAUCUCAAUAUACCACCCACCUGGAUCCUGAAAAUGUUGAGAAGUGAGCAAAAAGUCAGUGCAUGCCUUUUUGAAUGCUUCAGAUCGAGCCCCUCGGUCAUUGCAAAGCCUCUUGCAGACAACCUUUUCGGAGCCGCCAUCGAAAGCAGUGAUGCGCAGGCCGUCGACAUCCUUCUGCAGAUUACGCGGGGUACGCCACAUGCGACAGACGUUAAUAAAGCAGUUUGUUACUUAGAAGGGGUGUGCUACACACCGAUCGGACUGGCGGUCAAGAUUUCAAGUCUCAAUGUCGUUGGAAUACUUCUGAAGGAUGGCGCCAAUCCCAACAGGAUUCUAGACAAGGAACUUGGCGACAGGAUGCAAAAGCCGUGUGUAGAUGGAGCACUCGGACCUGCUAUUAGAGGAUUCAGCAGCGAAAAUUCCGAUCCCAGACACAUGUCACUUGUGAGGGAACUUCUAGAUGCUGGCGCAAAGGUUGAAAAGCAGCAUAUUGAGUCUGCCCUGGUGGGACAUGCCGACGGAGCACUCUGUGAAGAGCUCGUUUCCCAUCUUUCACCGCCGGAGCAUUGCAUAUUUUUCGACCACUUUGAAACGGCCGACAAGGAAUGGCUAUAUGAUAACGCGUGUAUUUACCCGACGUAUUUCGUGCGCUCAUUACUCUCCGGUAUUGCACAGUACCUAGAGAAUAGCGUUGCAAUGCGGAUCGUCAAACACAUUUUCUUCAAAUACCAAGAACCAAAUAGCGAGCAACUUGAUUUUCACAAGAAAGUGACCACGCUGCAUAGUACUCUUGUCCAUGCAUCAUUUUCUGGUAAGCCGGAUCGAUACUGCAAAUUUCCUUAUUAUAUCGAUGACUUCAGCCCCGUACUCUCAACACCUCUGGCAGAAGCUAUCCGAUCGAGGAAACGCGACUUGAUGCUUCUGAAGAGAGUACCGAAUCUGCGAGAUUAUGAUUUGACCAAGGCGCUAGUUCUGGCUAUUCGUAAUGACAUGACAGACACGGCUUUGAUGUUGCUGGAAGCUGGGGUAACCGUCAAAUCUUCCGUCAAAUCUUCCAUCAAAUAUUCCAUCAAAUAUUCAAUCCGUACGGGUUCCCCUCAAAAACUUGAAGAUCCUUUGUUCGAGGCACUUCAACGACGAAAUAAAGCAGUUGUUAACGUCAUUCUUGAGUGCAAUGUCAAUAUUGAUGACAAUCACAUGAAGGCUGCUGUGUCAUGGGGGGACUUUACCAUUAUCAACGAUCUACUUUUCAUGCAAGCCCCGAUUGGUCAUGAAGCGGUUAUAGAAGUAGUCAAAUCCGGAAAUGAGGAUAUAUUGCUUCUCUUUCUCAAGCACGAAAAUUUCAAGGAAUGGCACCAUGCUGAAGUCUUUGCAGAGGCAGUGGAGUCAAGAAACACCACUAUGGUCAACCUUCUUCUCGAGUACGGAGCGGAUCCCAGCCGGGCUCUGAGUGCUGCGGUUAUAACUAGGAACCAUGAUAUGAUUCGAUUCUUGUUCUCCAAGGGUGCUGAUCCCGCAGAUGAGAUGGCAUUUGGGUAUGCUAUGGAACAUGACAGAGCUGCUUUUAGCAUCCUUUUCGAGACGUUCUCGGCAAAAUAUCCUCAAGGCCAAGCGGGAUUCGGUGCGCAACUGUUGAUGACUGCCAUUGAAAGGAAAGACGCCUUCGUACUCGGAAAUCUGCUGAAGGCACACAUGGACGUAAACGUCUUCAUCAAUCGGCAACGGUGCAUAAAUAUCGGCUGCAAAUUCGCCAACAAUGAAGUAACUCCAUUGGGCUUUGCCAUUAAGUACCUAAAAGGGGGAGAUCUCGACCUGGUGCAUAUGCUCCUUGAGUCCAGCUGCGACGCGAAUGGCAUUGUUUCCAAGUCACCGCUGGAGACAGCACUUCUGCUUGCGAUACAGACCAGGAAUCGGCAGCUAGUGGAGCUCCUCCUGAUACACAGAGCCGACGUGAACCUUCCCGCGCGGAGGGGGCUAAAACGCACUCCUCUGCAAAUGGCUUGCGAUAUUGGUAGCUUCGAAAUGGUUAAAUUCCUUUGGGAACGGGGAGCCCAUGUCAACGGCCCGGCAGCUUUUCGAGGCGGUGGGACUGCUCUGCAACUGGCGGCGGCUAGCGGAAGUAUCAAGAUCGUCCAGCUGCUUCUCAGAGAGGGCGCGGACGUUCGCGGACUCCACUCCAGUAAGAAGAGUUGGUCAGCUUUCGAGGCAGCUGCGGAAUAUGGACGACUAGAUAUGCUCAAAGUCGUGUGGGAUGCGGCAUGUCCUAGAAUCAGUAGAGACGAGGCCGGCUGGGCAUUGCUACUCGCUCGUAAUAAGGGUCACAGAGGAUGUGAGGAGUAUAUUGGUAACCUUGUACCUGGAGCAGUCGUGCCUGAAAUUUCCAGUCAAGACGAACCUUCUGGGGAACUAGAUCUUUUCACGACGGAUCUUUUCUAA